CUCUUCUCUCAAAAUCAUACCAUUUCCCAGCAUCCCUUCUUCUAACCAUGGCUUCUUUUGUUACAAAAUCAAUGGGUUUCACUCUUUUAGCAGUAGCAUCUGUUUCAUGCAUAAAGUUUGCAUGCCCUAACGUCUCCACAUAUUUCUCACCACUACCCAUCUCUGUCAUCCUCCCUCUACUUCCACUAAUCGUGUACUUGUUUAGCUCCGUUUUUACCAAGUCUUCAACUGGCGACCUACCUCCUGGCCCUGUCUCGUACCCAAUGUUUGGCAACUGGCUCCAAGUUGGCAAUGACCUGAACCACCGUCUUCUAGCUUCUAUGUCACAAACAUAUGGUUCUGUGUUCCUACUUAAACUUGGUUCAAAGAACUUAGCUGUUGUAUCCGACCCUGAACUAGCCAACCAGGUCCUGCACACACAGGGUGUUGAAUUCGGGUCUCGCCCACGUAACGUUGUCUUCGAUAUCUUCACCGGCAAUGGACAAGACAUGGUGUUCACGAUCUAUGGUGAGCAUUGGAGAAAAAUGCGUAGAAUCAUGACACUACCGUUUUUCACCAACAAAGUUGUGAACCAAUAUAGUACUUCAUGGGAGCAGGAAAUGGACCUUGUGGUCGAUGACCUUAGAGCCAAUGAGAAAGUUAGGACCGAAGGGAUUGUUAUUAGAAAACGUCUGCAGCUGAUGUUGUACAAUAUUAUGUACAGGAUGAUGUUUGAUGCAAAAUUUCAGUCACAGGAGGACCCUUUGUUUGUUCAAGCAACAAGGUUUAAUUCCGAGAGAAGUCGGUUGGCACAAAGUUUCGAGUAUAAUUAUGGAGAUUUUAUCCCUUGGCUUAGACCAUUUUUAAGGGGGUACUUGAACAAGUGCAGGGAUUUGCAGCAGAGGAGGCUAGCUUUCUUCAACAACUAUUAUAUUGAGAAAAGAAGGAAAAUAAUGGCUGCCAAUGGAGAGAAGCACAAGGUAAGCUGUGCCAUGGAUCACAUAAUACAGGCUCAAAUGAAAGGAGAAAUCAGUGAAGAAAAUGUACUUUACAUUGUGGAGAACAUUAAUGUUGCUGCUAUAGAGACAACAUUGUGGUCUAUGGAAUGGGCCAUAGCUGAACUGGUCAAUCAUCCGACUGUUCAGAGGAAGAUCAGAGAUGAAAUCAGAGCCGUCCUAAAGGGAAGUCCAGUUACAGAAUCUAACCUGCAUGAGCUACCAUACUUGCAAGCCACAAUAAAAGAGACAUUAAGGCUACACACCCCAAUUCCCUUGUUAGUGCCACAUAUGAACCUUGAAGAAGCAAAGCUAGGAGGGUUUACCAUUCCUAAAGAGUCAAAGGUGGUCGUCAAUGCAUGGUGGCUAGCUAACAACCCUGAAUGGUGGGAGAAACCAUCAGAAUUCCGGCCAGAGCGAUUCUUGGAAGAAGAACGUGACACAGAGGCCAUCGUUGGUGGAAAGGUUGAUUUUCGGUUCCUACCAUUUGGCGUGGGUAGACGUUCCUGCCCAGGGAUCAUACUUGCAAUGCCAAUCCUAGGACUGAUAGUUGCAAGACUGGUGUCGAAUUUUGAGAUGAUAGCUCCUCCUGGGAUGGAGAAGGUUGAUGUGAGUGAAAAAGGAGGGCAGUUCAGCUUGCACAUUGCAAGCCAUUCCACUGUUGUUUUCAAACCAAUCAAAGCAUGAUCUCAUCACAAGUUCAGCUUCCUAGGCAUGUAUCAAAUCACUAGCUUGGUUGUUUGUAAAACCUCGCUUUUACUCUUCAUUAUUCUCGAAAUUGUGAGAUUUUUUUUUUAAUAAAGCUUUGAAUAUGUAACA